UUCAGUUAUAUAGGUUUCCAAAACCAUAUAUUUCUCGUAUAACAACCUAUAAACACAAUUUUCCCUAUAUUUCCAUAUAUUCCACAUCUUUAUUCUCAUCUCCUCUCACUCCCCACAACCCCCCUACCAACUCCUCCACUCAACUUUUAUGCCUUCCACCAUGUCCAAACCAGGUAAACAGCUAGGACAACUUCUCCAGGAGCACCAAGAGCCCUUUAUCCUGGAGACUUACCUUCUGGAGAGAGGGUGCCUGAAAAAGAACUUGACUUCAGAGGGUGGCUUCAGCUGUUGUCAUGGCAACUCAAGCAAGCUUUUGAAGAGGUCAGCUAGCUGCGAUCUAAACAUGAGCGGAAAGGGUAUUCCACAAUGUUCCAAAAUUUUGAGAGCUAUAUUUAACAAGCUUGUCUCAAUUACUGGCAACCCAAAAAGCAAACUUUGUGAUCAUGAUGGAGGUGUAUUGAGUUUUUCCGAAGUGGGAAGCAGCAGCCAAAAAGUUGCGGAACAGGAUAGUUUUUCCUCUGCUAGCACCACUACUGUGUUUAAUUCCUGCUCCGCGAGUGACACAGAAGACUCAUGUGCUUCACUGCAAAUCCACGACCCCUUCUCUACUGCAACCACUAUUCAAGCUUUGAAGCAAAACAAACCGAGAGAAGAAGAGGCUGCUACAGAUAGACAGGUUCAGGGGAGAUCCAAGAACCAAAGGCUACAAUUCGGGCCAGUUUCUGUUUUAGGAGAUUCCUCAAUUGGGCUAUCCAACGCAAAAACAAGGAAACAAGAGAAUUCAUCCACUAGGAAAUCUGGCUUCUCCAACAGAAUUAUACAAGACUCGGUGUCGUCGGCCUCUCUCCUGGAAGCAUUGGUCCAAUCCCCAACAGAAAAGCCAAGAUAUAGUGGGGUUACAGAAUUGCAAGAGCUUGUCUGGUCAAACUCUUCCUCCCGGUGCUUCAAAUCCAAAAGGGUUUUGCUGCAAAGAAAGAAGCUUCUGUUUGAUUGUGUGAGGGAAGUGGUAGAGGGCCAUGGAAGAAAUGAGAGAAGGAAGCAGAGUAUUGGGGAAUUCCUUGUGCCUGAAGAGCUUGAGCAGCUCAUCUGUCAGAAAGUAAGGGCAUGGGAAAAACAAUCUGGAAAGGAAACAAACAUAAACCAUCUGCUAAAUUUUGAUUUCAUAGCUUCAUCACAAGAAUGGAAUGAUUUGAGGCCAGAGAGCAGGGAACUUGGGCUGGAUAUUGGAGAAGCCAUUUUAGAAGAGAUGAUGAGUGAGAUAGUCACCGACAUGAUGAAUAUUAUAUGAUAAUUUCCCAAAUUAAUCUCUCUCCAAUUUUCUUAUCAAUAUGUGCUGAAAUAGGUUGUUUUCCGAUCUGUAUAAUCUGAAGGAAAAUCUCACGAGAAUACUAACGCAAGGAGCACACAUUAUUGGUUCAAGCCAUUAUUUCCUGCA